GUGUAUUUGCUGUUUCCCAUUUGUAUCUGUCAGGAAUACAGCUUUGGCAUUUUCCUUGUUAAAUUUUUCUGCAUGUAAAAUCAGCCCUUCACUCUAAAUCUGGUCCACAGUCUUGGGAUCUUCUCUGUUGGGCCAAGUCAGGAUUUGGCUGGGACUGCUGUCGGGAGAACUCAAAGAAGUAGUGCAGGUGAUUCAGUAGAUGAGACAGUUCUGUCCAAUACAGUGCUAAGCUGAGGUGUGGUCUAAUGUCCUGAACACGGGGCUGGGAGUCAGGAACUCCUGAGGUUCAAUCCUACCUUUACCAUUAUCUCCCUCUGUGGCCCUGGGAAAAUCACUUAACCUCUGUGUUGAGUGUCCCCAAGGGAAUAAUGAUACUUACCUAUCUGUCUUCUGGGGUGUUGUGAGAUUAGUUAUUGUAAUGGCUGUACAACACUGUGAAAAGCAUACAGAGCUAUAUCUGAGUGCCAAGUACUUGUACUGGACUGACAGCACAGCAUGUUAUGAAGCAGCUGCCAAAGAUGCCAGCUUUUAGACUAGAAAUAAAAGCAGGAUCCUGACCUCACAUGGUCACUAAGGAUCCCAGGAUAAUUUUCACAGGUAAAGGUAAUAUUAACCCUUGUAUCCAGGCCAAAUGCCAACGGAGGUGUUUCUGUUCUGCUCCAUAAAUACCCCUGCAUUCCAGUUGCAUAAGGUAAAUGCUUCCCCUCCAGUUGUGUUAGUGUUGCUGUCCAAUGUUAACUCUAUGAAGCCUUUACCUGUGAUUUCUGUCUAUACAGUGAAUUGCAGUCUGUACAGUCAGUGAAGCCUGUGGAGAGCUUUGCAUAAAAGUGCCUCAGAGAUUAAAGAGAUUUUAAAUUUGGCAGAAUUGCAUGAGUUAGAAGUGAUCCCUCUGGUGCAGACCUUUGGACACAUGGAAUUUGUCCUAAAACACCAAGAGUUUUCUCACCUCCGGGAGGUGGAGAUGUUUCCAAAUGCCCUCAAUCCACACAAAGAGGAAUCCCUGAUGCUGGUCAGUGCAAUGAUUGAUCAGGUAGUGGCGCUGCACGAUGGCUUACGAUGGUUUCACAUAGGCUCUGAUGAGGUCUACUAUCUUGGUGAAGGGGAGGAGUCAAAGCAAUGGCUGCAGAAAGAAGAGAACAGCAUAGAGAAGCUGUGUCUGUCCCACAUGAAAGCUGUUGCAAGUUGCAUGGUCUCCUCUUAUCCUGAGGUGAAGCCCAUUGUGUGGGAUGAUAUGCUCAGGGGAGUGAGUGAGGAAACACUGACAGAGUCCGGGGUAGCUCAGCUGAUGGAGCCAAUGAUUUGGGACUAUGCAGCGGAUCUUGAUGAGGAUGACAAAGUGCUUCUCAUAGAAAAGUACCGCAAGUGUGGCUUCCCCAAGCUGUGGUUUGCCAGUGCCUUUAAAGGAGCCACUGGGGCAAAUCAGUCUCUAACCCUGAUUGGACACCACCUAAAAAACAAUCUCCAGUGGCUGAAAGUGGCAAACAGCACCCCUGCUGAUAUGCUCCAAGGCAUCGCCCUGACUGGCUGGCAAAGGUAUGACCACUUCUCUGUCUUAUGUGAGCUUCUUCCAGUGGGAAUCCCAUCACUAGCUGUGUGUCUGCAGGCACUACAGAAUGGUGGCUAUUCUGAAAAGGUUAAAGAAAAUGUGGAGAAACAGCUGGGGCUCGCAAGUCUGGAAAUCGACACUUUCAUGAGUGAAAGUUCAGGGACCUUUCCAGGGAGUGACAUCUUCACACUUGUGACUCAGGUCUGCUGCUAUCUGAAGCCCUCAGUAGAUGAAUUUCUUGAAAGAAACAGGUUUGUCACAGGCUGGUUCAGCCCCUACCACAGAAAGAGGAGGAUCGUGCAUCCUAUAAUGAUGCAUCAUUUUCAGCCGGAUGCACUAAGUCUUCUAGCCAAGUGGAAUGCUGUGAUGCAAGAGCUUCAAGCAGCCCUUGAGAGAGUUUUCUACAUGUGUACCCUAGAAGAGUGGAUGGAAGAGAAUGUCCAUCCCAGCUUUCACAAACUGCAGGAAGUAGUGGAUGACCUAGACAAAGCAAUACAAGCACAAUCCUAGCUGCCCUCAAACUGCCAAACGUCUUAUCUGAGACUCUGGCUGGUACAAAUUCAAGAGUAACUGUAUAGUCAGAGCUUAAACCACCCAUGGAAUAAAGUAGAUGCAACUUCACUGAAGUUGAGUUGGACCAUAUCCACAGCAAGGAAUUUGAAGCUAGAAUGACGAAGUAUGAAGAUGUGGGGUUCUAUCUUUAGCUCCAACCAAUGCCAAAACUCAGCCUCUGAAAUCAGCUACAGCAAUGUGCAUACUUGACCAGACUUACUCCUGUCUAUAACAAUGAAAGCAAGAAUGAGGCCAAGCUUGGCUGUGUCCUUAGUAGUGAGAGCAUAGGGAAAGGAGAAAGUGCAUCAAGACAGAUCUUGAAUUUCGAAAAUCUUUCUCUUUUAGGUAAAAGUGACCUGAAAAAGUAAUGUGGCAAAUUCCAGUUGCUCACCAGUAUGAGCUGAAUGCCCCCCAAGAUUCUGCAUACUUCUGCCUUGUUGUAGGUCUUUAUCUCCUUCCAUUAUGGCCAUCUGAUUCUUGCUCAGAGGCAGUGUUCCAGUACGCAUCCUACUGCAGCAUCAUGACAAAACUUCAGUCAAUCCAUGGCUCUGGAUACGUUCUGUUUGUGACAUUCUAAAGUAUAGAAA